CUACUUUUACUUGACAACAUUCUUUAUAAAGCUACAAUUUUCUUUUAGAGAGAGAGAGAGAGAGAGAGGAGAGAGAGAGAAUGGCCAAGUAUGAAACAAAGAAUGAAGAAGGAGAAACAUGUGAGGCCAAGUACCUUAUAGUCAAGGCUGAGAUGGGUGGUAUAUUGGAUCUCUUGAAGCUUUUAGUGUUAAAUGGUGGAAGAGUACAUGAGUUUGUAGAGAGCUCUGAGGUUGAUGGUGAUGGAGGAGGAGAGUGGGACUCGGGGGGUCAUAGGUGGGUAAUCGUGGUCUCUGUAAUCAUGCGCAGGAUCAUCGGCAUCUUAGGGAAGCCAAUGGAGGGGACUGGGAUGGUGAUUGAGUUCUUGUUGAAUCUCUUGGACCUCAAUGGAGGUAUCUAUGGCUUGUUUCUCAAUCUUAUCAAAGGGAACGUCGUGAGGCCAGAAAGGGGUUCAGAUACAUAUAUCAGUGCCAUUGGGCACUUGGAUUCACGUCUUGAUCUCUGCAGGGAAGUUUCUUUUCUGAAUUUAGUUGGUCUCGACACUGGUGGCAAAUGUGGAGACAGGGCUUUGAUGGACCUAUGCAUUUUAGCCUCCAAACUCGCAUAUGAGAAUGCUAAUGUUGUAGAGAACAUCAUUGUCCACCGUUGGAAGAUGCACUUUGUGGAGUUUUUCAAUUGUUGGAAUGAUUAUCAGAAGAAGAGGUCCACUCAAGUUUUCAUCCUCUCUGACAAACCUAAGGAUGCAACUUUAGUAUUGAUCAGCUUCAGAGGCACCGAACCAUUUGAUGCAGAUGAUUGGAGCACAGAUGUCGAUUACUCCUGGUAUGAGAUCCCAAAACUAGGCAAGGUCCACAUGGGAUUCCUCGAGGCUCUUGGAUUAGGCAAUAGAGCUCAAAUCUCCACCUUUCAAAACUACCUCCAACCCAAGAAUCAGGCUAACAAAGAUACUGCUUAUUAUGCUGUCAAGAGUAAACUCGAGAGUCUACUCCAUGACCAUAAGGAUGCUAAGUUCGUCGUUACAGGACAUAGCUUGGGUGGUGCACUUGCAAUACUAUUCCCCGUGGUCUUAUUGUUACAUGACGAACAUGAAUUGAUGAAGAGGUUGCUGGCAAUUUAUACAUUUGGGCAGCCAAGGGUUGGGGAUGAGAAUUUGGUCAGUUUCAUGAAAGCUCAGUUAUGUGAGCCCAUGCCGAGGUAUUUUAGAGCGGUCUAUUGCAACGAUAUUGUGCCUCGGCUUCCCUACGAUGAUAGUACUUUCUUGUACAAGCACUUUGGCCUGUGUUUGUACUACAAUAGCCUCUACUCUGAACAGAAUGUGGAAGAAGAGCCGAACAGGAACUACUUUGGGUUGAGAUACCUGAUUCCAGAACACCUCAACGCUGUUUGGGAGCUUAUCAGAUGCUUGAUGAUUAGUCAUGUUUACGGGCCAGAGUAUGAGGAGGGCUGGUUUUCGAUAUUUAUUAGGGUUUUUGGGUUGUUUAUGCCUGGAGUAUCAGCACAUAGCCCUAGAGAUUAUGUGAACUGUGUCAGACUUGGGAGGGGGAGGAUUCAAAUGGAUAGUAUAUAAUGUUCAGCGACAAUAAGUAUCUGUUUCAAUAACAAAAAAUGCACACUGUGUAACCAAGACUAAUGUCUCAUUUGUUUUGCUUCUUAUUUGAUGUAAAUUAGAUGGAAUUACAUUGUUCCGCCAUUUUAUGAGAAAACUCUAAAUGAUUUUUCCAUUA